CGCGCCGGGCCCUGCGCGGGGAGCGCCGAGCAGCCGGCCAAUGGGAGAGCGGCCGGAGUGGAGGCAGCCAAUGGGGAGCAGCCGGGGCGGAGGCAGCCAAUGAGGAGCAGCUGGGGGGCAGAGCAGCCGGCCAAUGGGGAGCAGUUGGGGCGGAGCUGCCGGCCAAUGGGGAGGUGCCGGGGCGGAGGCAGCCAAUGGGCGGCGGGCGCGCCGCGCAGCCGGAAGCGGUCAGCGCGGCGGACACGUGGGGUGGCGGGAGCGGGGCACGGCCCGGCUCGGUCCGGCACGGCUCGGUCCGGCCCGGCCCGGCCAUGGAGCUGCUGCCCCGCAGCCCCGCCGAGUUCGGCUCCGCACGCUACUGGGAUCGCUUCUUCCGGCAGCGCGGGCAGCGGUCCUUCGAGUGGUACGGGGCCUUCCCGGAGCUGUGCCCCGUUCUGCACAAGUACGUGCGGCCCCGCGACAAGGUUCUCGUGGUGGGCUGCGGGAACUCGGAGCUGAGCGAGCAGAUGUACGACGUGGGCAUGUGCCAGGACAUCGUCAACAUCGACGUCAGCGACGCCGCCAUCCGCCAGAUGCGCGAGCGCAGCGCCGGCACCCGGCCGGGGGUGAGCUACCUGCUGAUGGACAUGCUCCACAUGGACUUCCCUGACGCCCACUUCCAAGUGGUCCUGGACAAAGGCACGCUGGAUGCCCUCCUGACCGACGAGGAGGAGGCCACCUUGGCCAAGGUGGACCAGAUGUUUGCUGAGAUCAGCCGGGUGCUGCAGGUAGGAGGGCGCUACCUCUGCGUCUCCCUGGCUCAAGCCCACGUGCUGAAGAAAGCUGUGGAAUACUUCUCCCAGGAAGGCUGGGUGGUGCGAGUCCACCAGGUGGCCAGCGGUGGGGACAGGCAGCAGUUUGUCCUGCCGGUCUUUGUGUACGUGAUGACGAAGUUCAGGAAGGUGCCUGGCUCAGCAGCACAGAUCCUGGAGAUCUGCCCUGAGGAGCAGGACCGGCCGAUGCGGGUGGAGAGCGCGGAGCGCCUGGUGGCCGCGGUGAAGGACAGGCAGCAUUAUGCCCUGCUCUGCAGCCAGAUCAGCAAAACCCCCUGCAGGGAGCAGGUUUCCUUGGAUCUGUGUGACAGAGAGAGCGGGAAGCCUCGCUACACGCUGCACGUGGUGGACAGCCCCUCGGUGAAACCGUCCCGGGACAAUCACUUUGCCAUCUUCAUCAUCCCCCAGGGCAGGGAGACCGAGUGGCUCUUUGGGACGGAGGAAGGGCGGAGGCAGCUGGCGGCCAGCGCGGGCUUCGUGCGCCUGCUGACGGUGGCCCUGCACAGGGAGCAGCUCUACGAGGGCAUGGCUGCCAUCCAGGCGGAGCUCUCGGGGAAGGUGAUGGAGCUGGCCCCGCCGGGCCUCCCUGCCCGGCAGCAGGUGCCCUUCCUGUCUGUGGGAGGGGACAUCGGGGUGCGGGCGGUGCGGCACCGUGGCAGCAGCCCCCUGAGCGGGGACUUCGUCGUGGAGGACGUGAAGGGAGAUGGCACCUGCUACUUCCGCCGCCUCAUCUUCCUCCAGAACAGGAACGUGGUGCAGUCUGAGGCUCGGCUCUUGGCCCCCACACCUCUCCCAGGCCAGAAGAAGAAGAGGAAGGACAAGAAGAAACCCAGCCCCACUGAGCCACCUGGAGCCAUCGACAAGAGCUACCUGUGCUGUGAGCACCACAAGGCCAUGGUUGCGGGGCUCUGCCUGCUGGGGGGCCCCGACGCCCUCCCAGGAGAGCUGGCAGUGCUGGUGGUGGGGCUCGGCGGGGGCAGCCUGCCCCUCUUUGUCCAUGAUUACUUCUCGCAGGCCCGCGUGGCCGUGGUGGAGAUCGACCCCUCCAUGCUGGACGUGGCCACACGCUGGUUCGGCUUCUCCCAGGGUGACCGCAUGCAAGUGCACGUCUCCGAUGGCCUGGACUACGUGGCCAAGCUGGCAGCUGAAGCACCAGCCCAGUAUGAUGCUGUCAUGUUUGAUGUGGACAGCAAAGACCUCACGGUGGGCAUGAGCUGCCCUCCCCCAGCCUUUGUGGAGAAGCCCUUUCUGCAGAAAGUUAAAACCAUCCUCAAGCCAGAAGGAGUCUUCGUGCUCAACCUGGUGUGCCGCGACGCCCGGCUGAAGGAGUCGGUGCUGGCCGCCCUCAGGGCCGUGUUCCCGCUGCUCUACGCGCGCCGCAUCCACGGCGAGGUGAACGAGAUCCUGCUGUGCCAGGCGGGCCCCGCGGGCCGGCGCGGCCCCGCGGAGCUGGCGGCGCGGGCGCGGGCGCUGGAGCGGGCCCUGCGCCAGCCGGGCCGGCCGUGGGACAGCUCCUACGCGCUGGCAGACAUGCUGCAGGCCGUCCUCGCCCUCUGAGGGGGCUCUGCCGCUGCCCCGGCAUGGCGGGCCUCCUGUGGGCCCACAACAGGGUGCCCGUGGCUGGCACUGCUGCCUGACGCUGACCUGGGCCUGCUGGGAGGAUGGGGCUGCCAUGGGAAGGUGCUUCCUGAGGAAGGGCUCCAGCACCGUGCAGGGCUGUGCAGCCCAAGGUGGGGUGAGGAAGGUGCUGUGGGCCUGGCAGGCUGUGGGUUUGGCUCUGUCCUCGUUGCUUUCCCACCUUGGGAAGAGCAUCCCUCCGAUUGUUCUUCCCCUUCAGCACAGCUCCAUUUGUUCUGAUGGUGCCUGUCCCUGCGGCUCCAGCGUGCCUGGUGUCUCUGCUGAGCCCCAGGCUGCUCCAAGCCUGCCUGUGGAUGUGUGUGGGAGGGCUGUGAGCUGUGAGAAUAAAGUACUCAGGGGUGCUCUGAGGCCUGCAGUGCUUUGCUGUUUCAGACUUAUUUCUGAAGCACCCACACCCCUGGAAAAACUACAGUCAUCUCUGCACUUCAAAGGUGUGUCCUGGGAGCAGGCAGCUGCCCCUUGAACCCCACUGCCCCCUCACCACUCGCCCUCCCCAAGCUGCAUCCCACUACAUUUCCCUCUUCUGAAUCUCUCCAGCCAUCACCACUGAACUGAAACCCCCCAGCUCAGAGCCCUUCUGCCCCAGGGCCAGCAGGGACCCAGCCCUGGGCUCAGGCUCCUGGCCACACCAUCCCCUCACCCAGCUGGUGCAGGGCAGCCUUCCUGCAGCAUGAAAGGGCAGCCAGAAAAUACCCAUUGGGCUGUUCCCACAGCACCCCAAUCCUGCCCAGACAGCUCAGUCAAGAGCUGGCCUCUGUGAUGCCCUGUGAAGGCUGACCUAGAACAGAGGCUAGACAGAGUUAAAGAAUAAAGUAGGGAUUUAUGAGGAGGCCUCAAUGGAUCCACCUUGGGCAGCACAAGAGCCCAGUCAGGGCUGCACCCCAGGUGAACCAAGAUGGGCCCAAAAUGCACGACAGGUCACAGGGUCUCUCACUUCUAUAAGUUCUGCUCCAUUUGUAUAUUUGAGUUAAUUGUCCAAUUCCAGCUUUAGCCCAUGCAGUCCCAUCCUGCUUGUUUUUCUCUCUUCAGUCCAUGUUGUUUAUGAUCUUGGGCCUGAGAUUUGGAUCAUUUGUCCUUGGUACCCAGCUAGAGAAGGAAUUGGUUUGUCUCCUGCUCUGUGCAGAGAGCUCACCAUCCCCUAGUAUGAAGCCCAGACCCACACACUAAAGCAGUACAGAAUCUGAAAAAUAUAAAAGUUAAAACCUGAGGCAUCGUGUGUGUCCUGGCUGGUCACAGACCUGCAGGUUCUCAUUCAUUCAUCAGAAGCCAUUUUUGGGGACUUGUCUUUCUCCUCUGCAGCAGCUGGUGCCGAAAUGAGCCUGAGACAUGGUACAAAGUGACCAGCUUGCAGGCAGCAAGGGGACAUAUUGGUGCUCUGCCACUGACCCUGCACCCUCACUCCAUGCUCCCUUUGCCGCUGGCAGCCUGAGAGGACAGCCUGUGAACCAGCCCUGCUGAGAGCUGCUUCCCAAAGCAAACCCUCCCCAGCCACCUCCCCAGAGCCCAGGGAGCUAACAACACACCACAAGUAGUGUGCAACAACACACAUCCCUCCUCCCUCCAGGAGGGAUCUGGCUCUCAGCUCCCCUUCCUUGCCUGGAAGGAGCCAGCUCUCCUCCAUCUGUGGGAAAACCUCUGCCACUUCCAAAGCAGAGUGAGGGGGUGUGUGAGCUGAGAGUUUGCAUUUCCCCAGCUCAUGGGGCCAUGGAAAGGACACCCCAAAAGGCUCUUGUCAGAUUUUACCCUUUUCUGACCAAGAGAUGGGGCAACUGAGAGGCAUUUUAAAAACUUGUAUUCCGUUUUAAGUCUCAAGCGAAGGGUGAGACAAUACAGAUGUUAUAAUUCACACCAUCACAAUCAUUAAUUACAAUGCACCAUAAGUGUUUCUUGGCCUAUCAGCAUUUGCCACACCAUGCUGUAGAUGCCUUAAAGCCAAUCAUCUAAAAUUAUCCCUUGUGGGUCCUACUACAGUGCAUCUUUCACAGUUCUAUUUCUCCAAAGUAUCUACUCUUAUUUGCAAGGCCAUCCUUUGAAACUUGUUUCUAGUUCCAUUUCUCUCCCAGCAAUGUCUGUCCUGUUCCAUGGCAUUUCUAAGCCAGCAUUUCUUAUCUCAAGGUUUGCAUUCAGAUGCUCACUGUGUGAGCCUUCUGCCAGGCUUUGAGAAUCCUCUACAAAUCCAUUUCCCACAGGCUCUCACCCCCUGAAGCAGUGGGGACCAUGUGGGCACUGCCCAGUGCAGGAGAUGGGGCUGUUGGUGCCCAGGCUGCACCAUGGCAGCUGUGCUGCCAGCAAGCACCUCCCUCUGAUCAGCAGCUGGGGAUGUAUUUUCUUUUUAAUUUGCCAGCAGAUUCUGCUUUGGGAACUGCUCUGUUCAGAUCCCUUCUCUGAUGCUUCCUCCCUUGUUCCCCUUCCCACAGAGGGACAGAUGGGUGCCCUACUUUCUCCCUGGGCUAACCUGCAGCUUCACAAAGGGAGCAGAUGCUUUUUAAAUA